AUGGCACCGUUUCCUCCUCCUCCGGUCAAUACAAUUGACUGGUCCAAUGUGGGCUUCAAGGUCCGGGAAGUCAACGGCCACAUCGAAUCAACCUACUCCAAGACAACAGGGAAAUGGACACCGCUCAAGUUCGUGGCCGACCCGUUCAUGCGGAUCCACGGCAUGGCGCCCGCGCUCAACUACGGCCAGCAAGCGUACGAAGGCCUGAAAGCGUUCCGCGGGCCCGACGACACCACCAUCUCCAUCUUCCGGGCCGACCGCAACGCGAAGCGCCUGCAGCACUCGGCCGAGGUGGCCUCGAUGCCGCCCGUGCCGGAGGACGUGUUCCUGGCCGCCUGCCGCGCGGCCGUGGCGCUCAACGCGGGGUUCGUGCCGCCGCACGCCACGGGCGCGGCCAUGUACAUCCGCCCGCAGCUGUACGGGUCGUCGGCGCAGCUGGGGCUCAACCCGCCCGAGGAGUACGUCUUCGCCGUGUUCGUCGUCCCCACGGGCGUGUACCAUGGCGUGCACCCCGUCAAGGCGCUGAUCUUGGACGAGUUUGACCGGACGGCACCCCGGGGGACGGGGAAUGCGAAGCUGGGGGGGAACUAUGCCCCCGUGCUGCGGUGGAGCGAUGCGGCCAGGGCGGAGGGGUAUGGGAUUACGCUGCACUUGGACAGCGCGAAGCAUGAGGAGGUGGAUGAGUUUAGCACGAGCGGGUUUAUCGGCGUGGCGAGGCAUGGGGAUGAGGUGACGCUCGUGGUGCCGGAUUCGACUUCGGUAAUUGAUUCGGUUACCAGCAGUAGCGUGCAGGAGAUUGCGAGGAGCUUUGGGUGGAAGGUUGAGAAGCGGCCGAUCAAGUACAGCGAAAUCCCCGACUUUUCCGAAGUCUUCGCGGCCGGCACGGCAGCCGGGCUGGUCCCCAUCCGGUCCAUCACGCGGCGGAUCGACCCGUCCUCGUCGCAGUCCCUCCUCAAGACGCGGGAGGGCCACGGUCGCGUCAGCAGCGCCAAGCAGGGCGAGGAGACCAUCACGUUCAUCGCCGACGGCGUGGAAGAUGCCGGCGAGGUGUGCCUGCGGCUGCUGAGCACGCUGAAGGGGAUCCAGCUCGGGAAGCUUCCGGACGAGUUUGGCUGGCGCUUCGAGGUGCGGGAGGAGGAUGGGCGCAAGGUGGAGGAUGGACUGAGGGGGGUCAUGCCGUGA